CCUGGCAGGCAGCUCAGGCGAGCAGAGCCGCUGCUACUGCCUCGCGCAACUUGAGGCGCGCGCAGGUCCCCGAGUCCCAGGGGACAAGAAAAGAGCCAGGCAGGAGCGCGAGCGCUGCGCUCCCCCGGCUUGCCGGCCUCUGCGCGAACGAAUAUGCUGAGCGAGCCCCUUGAUGUUACAUGUUUGGGAGAACUCAAUGACCUCUUCCCGCCAAAAUUCAAUCUAAGAGUAUGCCAUUAGGAUAUUCUGCUCUCUCCUCUUGGAACAUGGGGGAAAAGGAUGAUGAGAAAUACAGCCAAGCUGGCCAAAUUUUUGAAAACUUUGUUCAAGCCUCGACAUGCAAAGGUACCAUUCAGGCCUUUAACAUCCUCACCCGUCAACUUGAACUAGAUCCUUUGGACAACAGGAAUUUUUAUGCAAAACUUAAAUCAAAGGUGACCAGCUGGAAGGCCAAAGCUUUGUGGAACAAGCUAGACAAAAGAGCAAGCCAUAAGGAAUAUAAGCGUGGAAAAGCUUGUGUGAACACUAAGUGUUUGAUAGUUGGAGGUGGCCCUUGUGGUUUGCGAACUGCCAUAGAACUAGCCUUUCUAGGAGCCAAAGUCAUUGUUGUGGAGAAGCGGGAUACUUUUUCAAGAAACAAUGUCCUUCAUCUCUGGCCUUUUACAAUUCAUGACCUUCGAAGUCUGGGAGCAAAAAAGUUUUAUGGGAAGUUCUGUGCAGGAUCUAUUGAUCACAUUAGCAUUAGGCAGCUUCAGCUUAUCCUCUUCAAAGUUGCACUUAUGCUGGGAGUUGAAAUCCAUGUGAAUGUAGAGUUUGUGAAAGUUUUGGAACCUCCUGAAGAUCAAGAAAAUCAAAAGACUGGCUGGCGGGCUGAAUUUCUUCCAAUGGAUCAUCCUUUGUCAGAAUUUGAAUUUGAUGUCAUUAUUGGUGCUGACGGCCGCAGAAAUAGCUUGGAAGGCUUUAGGAGAAAGGAAUUUCGUGGAAAGCUGGCUAUUGCUAUCACUGCCAACUUUAUAAACAGAAAUACAACUGCAGAAGCCAAGGUGGAGGAGAUCAGUGGUGUUGCUUUCAUCUUCAAUCAAAAAUUUUUUCAGGAUCUGAAAGAAGAAACAGGAAUUGACCUGGAGAAUAUUGUUUACUAUAAAGAUAGCACUCAUUAUUUCGUGAUGACUGCAAAAAAGCAGAGCCUUCUGGAGAAGGGAGUUAUUAUCAACGAUUAUAUUGACACUGAAAUGCUACUCUGUGGGGGAAAUGUAAACCAAGACAAUCUGCUGUCCUAUGCGAGAGAAGCUGCUGACUUUGCAACGGAUUACCAACUGCCUGCUUUGGAUUUUGCAAUUAAUCAUUAUGGGCAACCAGAUGUGGCCAUGUUUGACUUUACUUCUAUGUAUGCCUCUGAAAAUGCUGCCUUAAUACGAGAGAGGCACAGGCAUCAGCUGUUGGUUGCUCUUGUUGGAGACAGUUUGCUAGAGCCGUUCUGGCCAAUGGGCACUGGUUGUGCAAGAGGUUUCCUUGCUGCAUUUGACACAGCAUGGAUGGUGAAAAGUUGGGCACAAAUAAAAUCCCCACUUGAUAUCCUUGCAGAAAGAGAGAGCCUUUUUAGACUUUUACCCCAGACAACCCCGGAUAAUAUCACUAAGAACUUUGACCUGUACACCAUUGACCCUGCAACACGAUAUCCAAACUUGAACUCAAGCUGUGUUCGGCCUCAUCAGGUGAAACAUUUGUACAUUACAAAUGAGAUACAACCAUGCCCUCUAGAAAGAGUGAGCUCAAUUAGAAGAUCAAUUGGUCUUUCGAGACACGAAUCUGAUAUAAGACCAAACAAGCUUUUAAUCUGGUGUCAGAAACAGACAGAAGGAUACAGGAAUGUUAGUGUCACAGAUCUUACAACUUCGUGGAGGAGUGGCCUAGCCUUAUGUGCAAUUAUGCAUCACUUCAGACCUGACCUCAUUGACUUUGACUCCCUGAAUGAAGAAGAUUCAGUCAGAAACAACCAGCUGGCAUUUGACAUCGCUGAACGAGAGUUUGGAAUUCCUCCCGUCAUCACUGGAAAAGAGAUGGUGUCUGCUGGAGAGCCUGAUAAACUCAGUAUGGUUAUGUACCUCUCAAAAUUCUAUGAACUAUUUAGGGGAACACCACUGAAAGUAGUGGGUUCUGUGGACAAGCAAAAUGGAGAAAGAAAUGAUCUUUGUUCAGCAAAAUCAUCCAACCUAAUCUUUAAUAACUACAUCAAUUUAACAUUUCCAAGGAAGAGAAUACCAAAAGCAGAAGAAAAUGAAACCAAUAAACGGCGGCGUAAAAGUCUUAUCAAUUUUGAAGAGUCAUCAAGUGUUUUGAAUCGAGGAGCCAAUUCUGGGAAGCAACUGGGGGAUGUGAAAGAAGGAAUUAAUCAAAAUAAGGUGAAGUCUAUGGCAACUCAGCUCUUAGCCAAAUUAGAAGAAAAUGCUCCCAGCAUUUCACUACGAAGGCAGGAGCUAGUAGAUAAACCAGCUUUGCACCUUUCUUCUGUUCCUCCUAUCAAUCCUCGCUUUGCUAAACCUGAGAAUCCAACUUGUAGCCCACCACCUGCACCGAAAAGGCAGUUUCAGGUAGUAGCUAGGGCUGAACACACAGUCAGGGAGUCCAUGCAGUCUUUGCCUGGUCCUGAUCCAAUGACUAGGCAUUUGAGGAGUCUAGAGCACACUGAACUGGAAUCCCGACUUUCUGAAACACUUGCAUCUUCCUGCCCUGCUGCAUUUGCACUAUCUGGUGUGCUUCAACGGCUUCAACAUGUGGAAGAAAAAUUUAAUCAGAAGAGAGCUCAAUCCAUAGCAAAUAGAGAGUUUCAUAAAAAGAGCAUUAAAGAGAAAGCUGCUCAUCUGGCUUCAAUGUUUGGCUAUAUCGACAUCCCAAAGAAUAAACUUCCUACUAAAGGUCUCUCCCAUUCUCAGUCCCCAUCUCCCUCUUGCCUUCCAUCUCAUGAUUCAGCUGCUUCCUCUUCGUCAUCUAUUGACUCAGCUUCCCUGGCUGUUUGUUCUAAAAAGAUGACUGUAGGGAAGGUGUCACGUGGAAUAGGUGCUGUGGCAGAAGUUCUUGUCAAUCUGUACAUGAAUGAUCACAGGCCAAAUUCACACUCUGAUUCUUUGCAUCCGGGCUCUUUGCGAAAAGAGUUUCCUCAGUCAAUGGGUGGAAGUGACAUCUGCUGCUUCUGCAAGAAAAGGGUGUAUGUCAUGGAGCGGCUGAGUGCAGAAGGCCACUUUUUCCACCGAGAGUGCUUCAAAUGUGCCAUAUGUGCAACAACUCUCCGCCUAGCAAUGUAUGCCUUUGAUGCAGAAGAAGGUAAAUUUUACUGCAAGCUUCAUUUUGCACAGUGUAAAACAAAUAAUAUGCACAGAAAGAGGAGAGCUAUACUAAAGUCUCAUGAAAAGGAGGAAGCGGGAUUGUGGCGAGAAGAGCCCAUGUCUGCAGAAGCCACCACAGAAAGCGAUCUCACUGCCAGCACCAGCAGCUCAGAGAUCCAGUCCCCAGGUAUCCUGCCUUCAUUCUUUUGGAAAACUCUAAGCUGGCCUCUUAAGGUGACACGGGAUCUGCUUGGCCUUCCAAGACGCCUCUCUAACUGGAUGCAUGGUUCUCUGCACUCUACCAGACUUCAUUUCAGGGACAAUGCAUACAAUUAUAAAUAUUUGUAUGAACUCCUAAGCUUCAGUAUGCCAUUCCUUUAUGCGCUUCAAGAGUUGCUUGCCAAUAUUUACCGGGAAGUGGAGCUGUCAUGUGAAAACCUGCUUGAAAUGGUGAAAAAGUUCUUUUGUGAAAAAGAAGGGCAAGUUGCUUGCACUUUUUCCUGGGUAACAUCUGAGGCAUCCCUAAAUAACCUACAUGAAGUCACUCAAUUAUACUUCAAUGGAAACACCUUUUUAUUUCCAUUCCAUUCUUUAGAUGGCUAUUAUACAUUGGAUGAACCAAUCUCGCCAAAGAAGUUCAAGAAUGUUCCUGAAAUUGAUUCUAAAAGCAGUUGCUCUUCUGUGUCUUCUGAGUGGGCCUUGGUAAGAAUUAUCCCAGAGGAAGAGAUGACGGAACACAAUCUUCUAGCUGUUCGGGUUAUGGUAACCAGUGAUGGAAGCAGCUCAGAACUAGAACCUGACUUUUAUGGUGAUCCAUCCAUUUCUGAGUUUAACAAUAGGCUAUCACCACUACCUGAUCUAAGGAACUACACUCUGCCUUCACGAAAGCCUCUGCCAUUGAACACAAAUUUGAUGAAGAAAGGAGAUUCCUGUGAAAAGUCUAAAGCUGCAAAUGCUCUGCAGCGAGCCAAUAGUCUUCGAGACUCUUCUACAUUGAAAAAAUACCAGAAUUGGAAGAAAAAGAUUCAGCCAAAUUUUCCUCUAUUGUACAGCAAGAAAAUUGGGCCAUCUUCAAAGAACAGCUAUGCCAACAUUCAGAGUGAUUUUGAAGAUGAUCUAUUCCAGACAGAGCUGACAUCUCCCAACAAGAUUCCAGAAAUCUCAAGCGGAGAUUUCAAAUCUCACAGCACAGCAUUUCAAAGAAAAGGGGAAGCCACAGAUGUACCUGGAGAAAUUCCUUCCUAUGUUCCUCAUUUUUCAUUUCACAACAGCACAGAUAGCUGUCCACUGACACGUAGCAAAUCCUUCCAUUACAGCAAUAUGGCUUCAACUCCCAGUUAUACAGAGCAUGGAAGUGGGGAGUACAGUAUUGAAGACCAAUAUUUAGAAAACCGGACACUGAACCGUGAGCAGCUGACCUUAGGAUUGUUUAUAAAGAAUUCAGAUACAUCCUCUGCAAACCGUGAUGAGGGAGAUAAAAUGGCUUCAACAUCCACAAAAGAACAGCAUGACAGGCAUUUAAACAAAGCUAAAAACAAGAUAAUCAGGAAGUUAACUCUUUCAAUGGAGCAGCAGUCCAAGCUACGUUCUCUCAGUGAUGCAAAGUUGGAUGGAACAAGAACAGAACAGCAAGGCCAAGGAAUGCACGAACAGAAGAAUGCUUAUUUUAAUAGAUAUGAGAACAUACCAAAAAAAUCUAGUUGCUGUAGGUCUCUUAAGUUCUCAGAUAAUCACUCUCCAAUUUUGUCUCCUGAACUCAAACUUGCAAAGAAUGUGGAUAAUGGUCCCAAAGAACACAUGGCUGGCCAGCCUAAAUCACCACUGAGGCUAAUUGCCAGUGCUAUAAAGAGAUCUAUCAUAGAACCUCUUAUUCCCCCUCCGGAAGGUUUGAAAAACAGCCAGGACACACAUGCCAAACUUCCUUCAGAAAACACAUUUUUCAGCUUCCCUCAUACCUUUGUUCACUCAGUAAGGUUAAGAAACAGCAAGAAUCAUGGAGAAUGUGACUUGCAGAUGCAGGAGCCCAGGGCAGGGAAAAGAUUGGAUUCAGACAGGUCUAAUUUUUCCAGCAGCCUAAGACAGGAAUAUGACACAGGUGCAUCUUUUCCAGUUUACAGUAUGCAUAAGAGUUCUUGUAAGACUGAAGAUGUGUUUAAUACCAAUGUGGAUGAUGUGCCAACACUCCUAGAGAAGUUUACUCUUAAAGAGAAUCUCUGGAAGUCUUCCAGGGAUGAUUUAUAUGGUUGCAAUCAAAAGAACAAUCUUUAUUCAUCUCUAAGGCUCAGGAACAAAAGUACUGAUGCCAUUUUAGAUAAUCAUGUGCAGCGGAAUAAUAUCUGGAAUCUGUUUGGUAACGUCAGGAAUAAAGCAGAUGACAGAGAUAAAAAUCUUUUCUUAAUGCCUGUGCCCUCCUCUACCAUCUUUGAUGUCGAUGAAGUACUAAGAAAUUCUUCCAAUGGAGAAUAUGUAGGCUCCGAACCUGUUAGAAAACAAGUGACUGAUUAUAGUUCAUCCUCUGAUAGUGAAUUAGAACACAAGCCUCCAUUGCCACACAAGACAAAAAGAAUUCUUAAAAGAAGCAGGAAGUUGGAAAAGGAAACAAAGCAACUGGUUAAGCAAGAAGAACUAAAAAGACUCCACAAAGCACAGGCUAUCCAGCGGUUAUUGGAAGAAGUGGAAGAAAAGCAGCGGGCUCUGGAAGUGUAUGGUGUUCAACUAGAGAGGGAACUACGAGGAGAAUCAGAUCCAAGCAUACAAGAUGAAACUCGACUGUUACAUGAAUGGUUUGAGCUGGUAUUGGAGAAGAAUACAUUAAUGCGCUAUGAAUCUGAACUCUUGAUCAUAGCCAAAGAGCUGGAGCUAGAGGAUCAUCAAACCCGACUGGAAUACAACUGAGAGAACGGCUGCUGAUGUUGUACAUGAAAGUGGCUGACGCAAGAGAGAACUUUGUGUUCUCCUUAGAGGAGGAGAAGCUGGAGAAAAAAGAAAAAGAGUGGCACUUCAGAAAGUCUAUAUUGUCUAAGGGAAACUGAUUCAGCAGGACAGAUUCAUCCCAGGCAAAUGCCUUUCCAGCAUGGCGAGCAUGAUCCACCAACAGAAGAUUAUGGCUGAAAUCUUAUGAAGAGAUUGCCUGCCACUACUGCAUGGGGGAGGAAUGUAGCUCCCAUUAAAAGUUAUAGAAAUGACUCUUUUUCAUAUGUUAUUGCAUUAAAAAGAGUAAUCUGGUUAUUUUUGUGCCAUAUCUGAUGUACUUGCACUGUGGAAAUUACACUGGAAGUGUUCAUUGUUUUCCAUUUCCUGGAAUUAGAAUCCUGAAUGUUCUCGAGUCAUAGAACUUCAUGUUUUAGUUCUUCUUGAGGCCAUAGGACUUUCCAUCCAUCUUUCUAUAUAUAUAUUAAUAAGUCUUGUACAUGUUUUAUUUUUGUAGAUGGGUCAUAAAGCAAAGUGUUCAGAUUUUUAGAACAAACAUUGCCAGUAUAGCAAUAGAUUAACCUUUAAUAUUCGUAAUUGUAAUAGAGGAAGUUGUCUUUGUUAUUACAAAUAAUAUGUGUGUAGUCAGUGAGUAGCAGAAAAGGAGUUAAUGCAGCAUUAAGCAGAUAUUAUUUACUAGGAAUAUGUGCAAAAUAGAAAUUACUGUACCUAUAAAUGAAUUUAUAAUACAGUGGGAAAGGUUUUGCAAUUUGUUCCACUCAAACGUAGCAAAAGAAUUAUCCUUAAAAUGUAGAGGGACCACUUUUUGCACUUGGCCAAAAACAAGGACAGAAUAUGAUGAGAGACAUAUGAUAAUAUGAAACGUAUACCUUACAUCACACCAUUUUGCAAAUUUUAGUUGUGUGUAUAUAUAAGUUCAAAUAUAGCAUACAACAACACAAAAACUGGCCACAUUACAUUUGUCCAAUAGUAGUAUUUGCUAAGAUGUCCAUAUUUAUGCUGCUGUUAAAGAUAAUAUAUUCCCAACUAACACUUUUAUACAUCAAUACCUGGGCUGCUAUUUUGAGCACACAAGAAUUGAAACCCACUGAAUCAAAGGAUUGCAACCAACUGCAAAACUUUCUCUUAAACUACAGUCCUCUAUUUACUCUGAACAGUUUUUUUGUAAUUGAUUUUAAUACUUGUAUGAAUGUCCAAUAUGAGCACGUAGGAGAAGAUAGAGGAUUGUUUCUGAAUAUGCUUGUCUUAUGUGACUGGAAAAGUUUAACUAUGACUUAACAUUGUGAAAGGUGCUGAAUUGCUACUGCUGCCUGUGGCCAGAUGAUAGCAAGUGCAAGGGCAAAAGUUUUAAAUGAAUAAAACUCUAAUGCUUGACUAAAUGCCAAAUGCUAAAUUAGAUGUUGUGAUGAAUAAUAUAUAGAUAAUCUACCUUUGUAAAAUGCAACUAAAACGAAGAAUCCUCUGAGUCAGUAUUUACAGUUACUGGAUUAAUUUCUGCUGCUGUGGAAGAUGAAAAUGCUUCUGAAGGCAUUAAAAAAGAAGAAGAAAGAAUUGUGUUCUGUUCCAAAAGGUUUAUGUAUUAAUUGUUGUAUGGUGUUGACACAGAAUGGUAACUUAUACACAUAUUUAUUCUUUGGGGCUUACUAUUCUGUUUUGGUCAGUAACAAAAAGACUAGUGACAAUUUUUAGGCACAGCUGCUUUAUGUAUACCAGAAAUUUUAAAAAAAUAGGUGUAUAGUAUCCAAACUUCUCACUUGUACUUAAAGAUGCAUUUUCCUCAAUGUAUGUAUACUGAGAAUCAUAUCAAUAUAACUGUAGUACUUUGUAAGUCAUUAUCUAUGUUGUUGAACUUAAUAAUGUAUUAUAAUUAAAAUCAAAUGUGGAUAUUUAA